CGCAGCUGCGGCGGCCCGGUGGUGGCGGCGGCGGCGCUCGGAGCCGGCUCCUGACCGCCCUCCGCCCGCUGCCUGGUUCCUCUCACGGUCUCCGUGUCUGCUCCCGCUUUUACCGGCCCUCGUCCGCUGUCGCCUGCCCCGCCAUGGCCCUGGUGCGGGACGCCGAGCCGGCGGCUGGGCCCUCCCGCUGGCUACCCACGCACGUCCAGGUGACUGUGCUGCGGGCCCGCGGGCUGCGGGGCAAGAGCUCGGGAGCGGGCAGUACUAGCGACGCGUACACGGUGAUCCAGGUGGGCCGCGAGAAGUACAGCACGUCGGUGGUGGAGAAGACGCCGGGCUGCCCGGAGUGGCGCGAGGAGUGCUCCUUCGAGCUGCCGCCUGGUGCCCUGGACGGCCUGCUGCGGGCGCAGGAGGCCGACGCGGGCCCAGCGCCCUGGGCCGCGGGCUCCGCUGCCGCCUGUGAGCUGGUGCUCACCACCAUGCACCGCUCCCUCAUCGGCGUCGACAAGUUCCUGGGCCAGGCCACGGUGGCGCUGGACGAGGUCUUCGGCGCAGGCCGCGCCCAGCACACGCAGUGGUACAAGCUGCACUCCAAGGCGGGCAAGAAGGAGAAGGAACGUGGAGAGAUCCAGGUCACCAUCCAGUUCACUCGCAACAACUUGAGCGCCAGCAUGUUUGACCUGUCCAUGAAGGACAAGCCGCGGUCCCCUUUCAGCAAGAUCAAGGACAAGAUGAAGGGCAAGAAGAAGUAUGAGCUGGAAUCUGCCUCCGCCAUCCUCCCAAGCAGCGCCCUGGAGGACCCUGAGCUGGGCAGCCUGGGCAAGAUGGGCAAAGCCAAAGGCUUCUUCCUGCGCAACAAGCUACGCAAGUCCUCCCUGACGCAGUCUAACACCUCACUGGGCUCGGACAGCACCCUGUCCUCGGCCAGCGGGAGCCUGGCCUACCAGGGCCCGGGCGCCGAGCUCCUUACACGCUCGCCCAGCCGUAGCAGCUGGCUGUCCACCGAAGGGGGCAGGGACGCUACCCAGUCCCCCAAGUUGCUCACCCACAAAAGGACCUACAGUGAUGAGGCCAGCCAGAUGCGAGCGGCUCCACCCCGAUCCCUUCUGGACCUCCAGGGCCACCUGGAAGCUGCCUCCCGCUCCUCGCUCUGUGUCAAUGGGAGCCACAUUUACAACGAGGAGCCUCAGGCCCCCCUGCGGCACCGCAGCUCCAUCUCGGGGCCCUUCCCACCCUCCAGCUCCCUGCACAGUAUGUCUUCCCGGCCUGCUGAGGAGGGGACUCGGCCCGCAGAUGACCCCGUGGGCAGAGGUAGCCGCAGCACCAGCAGCUCAGAGGUGCUGCCCGGACAGGAGGAGCUGAGCUCUCAGGCCAAAGUGUUGGCCACUGGGGCCAACCGCUCUGGAGAGGAAGAGGGGGCCCGGCUCCCAGAGGGAAAGCCAGUACAGGUUGCCACACCCAUGGUGGCCUCCUCCGAGGCUGUGGCCGAGAAGGAAGGAGCCCGGAAGGAGGAGCGGAAGCCCCGGAUGGGCCUCUUCCACCACCACCACCAGGGGCUGAGUCGGAGCGAGUUGGGGCGCCGUGGCUCUCUGGGGGAGAAGGGGGGUCCCACGCUGGGGGCCUCCCCCCACCACUCAUCCAGCGGGGAGGAAAAAGCCAAGAGUAGCUGGUUUGGCUUCAGAGAAGCCAAGGAACCGACUCAGAAACCCAGUGCCUCGAGGGCCAGCCCCACCCCCCUGGCCUCCCCUGGGAAAGCCCCGCCUGAGUGGGACGACACCUUCAACGUCUUUGCUGCCAGCAGGCUGCGUCCAGAGGCCAGGAGCAAGAUCCUGGCCCCUGCAGGAGUGGGGCUGGAUGUGACUGGGCUGCAAGACCAAGGCCGUGGGGCCAUGACAAUGAAGGCAGCUGAGCCCCGGGGGGACCCUGGGGGAGGAGGAAGAGGUGGGAGCAGCGUGUGGCUGGAGCCCAGGGUUCCUCUGGACUUGGGACUGGACCGCCAGAGCAAGAGCACGGCUGACCUGGGGCCCCUUGGGUCGAUAGGGGCCGGCCUGCCCUCUACGUCAGCCCAGCUGCACCCGAGAGCCUCAGACUCUGAAGCAGACAGGGAGCCACCAGCCCCAGGAGGGGAAGCAGGGCAGAGUCCAGCAGACAGUGCGACGUCUCUGUUUAGCUCCCCAGAAGUGAUCAGUGUGUGGGAAAGACUGCCUGGCCCAGACGACGCCCCUGAGGGCCAGGACGAGGCCUCCCAAGGCGAAGGCCAGCUUUUGCAUGAGCUCAAUACAGUGGAAGAUUCAUGGCCUUGGGAUGUGGUCACCAUUUCUCCUGCAGCUGAAAUGUCUUCACCAGUCCUGCGGGGAGAGUCUGAUGAGCUGCCUCCUCCCCAGAUGCAGCCAGAGUCACCAGAAGCUGUGAGCCCCAAGGGGAGUGAGGGGCCUCCCCCACUGGAGCUGGAGCCAGAGCCUGAGCCAGAGCCCAAACCUGAGCAGGUGUUGGACAAGGAACUGCAGCCCAGCAGGCCACCUCCCAAGCCACCACGCCUCUUCACACCCUCAGAUUCUCAGGAGGAGGAGGAGGCGGCCACGGCAGCUGCUGCAGGGGGGCUGAGAAGCAGGGGGGCAGAGACUGGAGGAGAAGACGACCUCCCAAGCAUGCUGGUUGCUGGGCCACAGGAGGCCAAGGAGGAGGGCGAGGCCCCUGGGUCGGAGUCUGACAGCCAUUCUUCCAGAACCCUGCUGGGUGGGCCAGGCCUGGAAGAUGUAGUGGAGGGUGCCAGCCCUCCUGUGUCUGGGCCCUACUUAUCCCUGCCCACUAGCUGCCCUGAGGGUCCUGCCCCCAUACCCCAUUACUCAAAGAGCUUGGCUCCUCAGAGUCAGCAGAUCCGGGAGGCUCCAGAGAAAGGAGGGAGCCCUGAGGGUCCUGAGGCCCAGAGCCAAGGACCAGUGGGAGAGGGGCUUGGGCCCUUGCCAGGCAGCUCCCAACACACUGACCUCUGGGCGUCAGAGGAGGAUGCCUUGAACCCCUUUUUGUCUCAAGGGAACCAAGACCCCCCCAGUCUCCCGUCCACAUCCCCUCCAGGGUCCAGGGAAUCUUCCAUCCUCUCUGGUCCAGAAGAGCUGCCCACGCCCCCAGAGCCUGCUUUUCCACCGCCCCCUCUCCCGUCUUGGGCCGGCCACCGCCAUGGGGAGCCCAGCCCUCCAUGCUCUCCUCUGCCUGGAGCUCGGCCCCUGACUUCUUCCUCCCCACCCCCUGGGGAGCCAGCCUCCUCCCCUGGGGGCUCCCCUGCCCCACUUGGGGAGGACCACGCUGCAACCACCCCAGCCUCCCCGCUUGUGCUUCUGCCCUUGGAGACACGACCAGCUGAGGAGCCACAGCCCAGUGCCAGCCCCCACCCUGUGAAGCCCCUCAGUGCUGCCCCUGUGGAGGGCAGCCCCGACAGGAAGCAGCCUCGCUCCAGUCUGAGCACAGCUCUGAGCAGUGGGCUGGAGAAGCUCAAGACCGUCACAUCGGGCAGCGUUCAGCCUGUGGCUCCAGCCCCCCACGUUGGCCAGACUGUGGACGCCAAGCGGCUGAAGGACUCGGGUGUGCUGGACCAGUCGGCCAAGUACUACCACCUGACCCACGACGAGCUCAUCGGCCUGCUCUUGCAGCGGGAGCGGGAGCUGAGCCAGCGGGACGAGCAUGUGCAGGAGCUGGAGAGCUACAUUGACCGGCUGCUGGUGCGGAUCAUGGAGACCUCACCCACACUGCUGCAGAUCCCCCCUGGCCCCCCAAAGUAGCCUUCCUCACCCCUGCCCCCGGGAGGGUCAGCGUGGACCCACUGCCCAAACAGGGCUUGCGCUGCCCUCCUUCCCGCUGAACUCACUCUCACCUGGGCAGGCUGCUGUCUGUCCUCUGUUGUCACUCCUUGCUCCUCUUCCCUUCUGCCUCCGUGGGGCUGCUGGAAGGGGGACCCUUUGGACUCCCAUUGGAGGCAUCAGGUUCCAUGUACAACUUGUGUGUUUUGGGGAGCCCUCAGUCGUUCCCACCUGUCUAUUUCCAUAUCCCUUAGUUUUAGGGGCUCCAGGGAAUUGGAACAAAGAAUUUAGUACUCGAGGGGGAGCAGGGGUGAGCUGCAAUUUGAUGUGGCAUCUGGGACAUACUUUAUUACCCCACAACAAUGGUCAGUCAUUUUGUCCAAGGCUAAACCCUUGUCCUCCUCAUCUGUCUUCAGCCCCUGGAGGGCUCCUAGCAUUACUGGGGCUGUGGCUGUGGCAGGAACCAAGUUGCCCAUUUUGGAGUUAUGGGCACCUGGAGUCUCAUGUCUGUUCCCUUGAGAGCAAGGAGCCUGUAUGGUCUGGUCUCAUCUCUGCUGUGUUCUGAUUUUCGUGUGUUUCCAGCUGUUUGCAGAACGAGUGCCACGUGGACGGAUGGGGAUGAUGUGUGUUCUCCAGGCCCCCCGCCCUGCCCUCCUCUUCUGAUCUGUCCAUUGAGUGUCAUGUGUGAAUGUAUGGAGAGCUGGGGCAAGUGUGGGGAGAGCACCUCCUCACCUGCCUCCAAGCUGUGGGCCCCUCCAGGCCUCAGGGCUUUGGGCUGCUUGUGUUUGGGGAUCAAGCCUCCAUCUUUAUUUUUGUUGCCUGUCCAGAUGCCAAAACUCUGUGCUGCGGCAGGGUUUGCACUUUUGGAAACCAAUUAAAAUGUGCCUUUUGUGGGUGGGGUCAAGAGCCUCUGGAUGCAGACCUCUCUCUCUCUGUUUGGUGUCCCCCUCCCUCCCUGUUGAGCACAUGGGGCUGGAUCUGUCAAAGCCCCGGACAUGGGAGAGGAGGAUGGUGAGACUCGCUGCACCCUGUGCCCCUCCCCCAGAGUUCAGUUAAGGGUCUGGUGAAGCUGCCACUGCUCCUUUAACUUUCCUGCCACCUUCUCUUCCUCCCUCAACCCCAUUUGCGGAGGGUCCUGGGAUAAAAACUACAUUCUGGAAGUGGGAGGUCCCACUCUGCCCAUACUUAGGAAAAAAGCCUUUGUUGCUCUCCUCUCCAUCCACUGGCUGCUCUCCCAGCCUGUCCCUUCUGCCCCAUGGCCUUGCCUGGCUUGGCUGCAGUGCACUUUGAAAUGAAGUGUCUGUCUUUUGGCCCAGCCCUGGUUAGCUUGCAGAAAACAUGGCCGGCUUCCCAUGGCAUCUACAGGGAACCUUUAGUGGCUCGCGUGCCCUGAUUUAGCAAAAGUUUUGGGGUAAGGAGGUACUGAAGGAGGAUACUUUUGGCCCAGGGAGGAGGUGAGAGCUCGUCUGGAAUUACCUCUUCUUCCUGAGAGAGCCUAUGGGAUCUUUCCGACAGCCUUGGAAGGACGUGUGCUCUGUGGGUGAUGUCUUCUGCCAGGAUGAAGCAGAGGAGCCCCGACACAUGGGGAAAGCCCCUGUAAUGUUAUCUACUUUAACGAUCACUCAUCAAAGCUGAGGAAGUGUCCCCAGGUGUCCAGAUCUUGGGUCAUGGUUUUUUGGGGGGUCAGUGCGGGUUGGGUAGGUAUCUCUUCUGGGGGAAGGGGAGCACUCCUCUACUAUAUAUUCUUCUGGGCUCUAUUCAUUACCAGCCCUGACCCUGAUCUUCCACUCAUCCUUGAUUGUGGGCCUCCAAAAUGCCCAGGGCAAGGAUGUCUUCAGAAGAGCUUUGAGUUGAAGCCCAAGGUUCUUGUUGGAUGUUUCUGCUCCUGGCCACGACUUGGAGAGUUGCAGGUGGGGUGGGCAGAGAGCAGGCACAGUUCUGCUUUGCUGUUUGUCUUCCUAGUUGUAACUCCUGUUUAUAAAGAGCUUGUUCUUCAUGUUUUGAGCACUUUAUGAAGAAUAAAAAGUUCAUAUACUGCA